GCGACGGUGUCGGGCAGAGAGUAGUCGAUUGUGAGUCGUACAUCAGGAGGGUCGUGCAUCGUAUGUGCAGUUCCUAUAGAGCUGAAGAUCCAGUGGCAGUGAUCCUACUUUGAGUGUUCUCCGAGUGCAUCUGCGAUUGGAUAAUGCGGCUGGUAAACGGAGACAAGUGCUUGUCCAGGAGUGCCACUGCCCGUGAACUGAUGUGCCGACGGAACCACAGCGACGGUACCGCUCUUCGAGUGCGGCUAGCGAGGAAAGCGCGGAAGAACAGGCAGAGGAUCCUCCGACUCAAGGAAUAUCACCGUCUUCGCGCCAUGGUGCCGUCGAUCGCAGCCAAGCCUAAAGUAUCCAAGGUGACAGUCAUCGAAGAAGCGAUACGAUACAUCGGCCACCUUCACGGCGCACUCAUCUGGCGUCUACAGUCGCGAGGACUCCCGCCUUGUCUACAGGGUCUUCCCUUUGACAUGAACAGCCUGAACCACACGAACAUCCGUCAGGUGGUCAGAAUCCUCAUGGAAAACAAGAACUCUGCCUGGAAGUUCCUGCAGUCCGUACCUGAAAGUCAGACACCUUCAGCGCCGGCGUCCUCUUUGGCGACUCUCCGAGAUGACAGCUCCAGUCACCGGCACCGGUUCGCGUCCGAAGAGUGCGAGAGGUCCAGGUCUUUGCCCUCCUACAUGCUUAGGCUUCCGCACCACCGAAGACCGUCGUGAGCUGGCUCACGGCGUCAUUGCAAGAUUGUACAUAUAUACAGACACAACCUAUAGACGGAUCAACUGCCACCCGCACUCUCCCAGUGGAGGACGGAGACUGCAUCUACGAGUGUAAAUAGGAGUCAUUGUUAGAGAAGCGACCUGUAAAUAUACUGUAUACUGUCUUUGACUGACAAUAACCGAGAUGUGCAAAUACAGAUACACCAGAGCUGUA